AGUCGCUGAAAAAGGUGAAUGGCUCUAAUGGCUGGCUAGCUAAUCAUAUGGAGAAAAAAACACAUUAAAAUGUUCCUGAGUGUGAAUUUCACUACUAUACAUGUACUGUAAACCCUUUAUAAGGAUUUUAUGAUUGAAAGCAUCUCUCUUUCUAUAUGCAUUGCUCUUUAAGCCGAGCGUGAUAGAGUCGUUUCCUCUGAUCUCAUGAGGCUUUAGCAUGCUAGCAUGCCCUCUGAUUUUAUAUCUCUCCUGAGCGCCGAUAUCGACCCUAGUUCUCCUAAAUCACUCUAUUCCAAAGAGUCAGUGUAUGACCUGCUCCCCAAAGAGCUGCAGUUGCCCUCGGUCGCUCAGCAGGACAGCCGGUUCCCCAUGAGCCAGAAGAGCGGUGGAGAGGCGGGCCCUCCUCCAGCUGCGGCCCUGGCCUCAGAUGCUGCCGCCACAUGCACCGCUGCCUCCUCCCCUGGAGGACUCAGCACCCUUCCUUCCUGUCCCAGCAUGCUCUCUGCUACCUCAGCCCAGGAGCAGGCGCCCAGGCUCGGGCCCGCCCCCGAGGGGGUGCCCGAGAGAGUGUGCGUGGAGCCCGGUUCAGCUGCGGGCGAGAGCCAGGCGACCCCCUCGAAGCGGCGGACCGUCCUGAGCAUCUCCCCGCCUCCCGAGGAUCUGCUCGACGACAGCCGGAUGUCCUGCCAGGACGAUCUGCCGCCCAACCCGGACUCGGAGCAGAGCGGCAGCAUGUGGAUGGACGACUCGGUGUCCAACUUUAGCGUGGGCAGCAGCAGUUCGUACAACGACAACACUGAAGUUCCCAGAAAGUCUCGAAAGAGGACUCCUCGGCAGCGGCCGGGGCCGAAACCCGCGGCCCGCGAGGAAGCCGGCAUGGAUGUGUUUGAUGCAGACAGCGCUAAAGCGCCACACUUUGUUCUUUCACAACUGGGUUCAGACACCAAAGUCACACCCAAAGUGAGCUCCCUGGAAGUGUCAAACAAUCAGAAAGGGGGGAUCCUUUCCAUUCAGUACCCGCAGAAGAGCGAAGGGAAGGAGCUGAAGAUUUUGAUUCAGCCAGAGACACAGCAUAGGGCACGAUACCUCACAGAGGGAAGCAGAGGAUCCGUCAAAGACCGUACCCAGCAAGGGUUCCCCACAAUCAAAUUAGAGGGAGUCAGUGAACCAGUGGUGCUCCAAGUAUUUGUGGCUAAUGACGCUGGACGUGUGAAGCCUCAUGGGUUUUAUCAAGCCUGCAGAGUGACGGGGCGCAACACAACGGCAUGCAAGGAAGUGGAUAUCGAGGGGACCACAGUUAUUGAAGUGAACCUUGAGCCGACCAGCUCUAUGACCCUACCCGUGGACUGUGUGGGAAUCUUGAAGCUGAGGAAUGCCGACGUCGAAGCUCGUAUAGGGGUUGCUGGCUCCAAAAAGAAGAGCACUCGAGCUCGUUUGGCCUUCAGGGUCAACAUCCCAAGACCUGACGGAUCAGUCCUAACCCUUCAGACUCUCUCCUCCCCUAUCUUAUGUACUCAACCUGCUGGAGUGCCAGAAAUCCUUAAGAAGAGUCUACACAGUUGUUCUGUCGCAGGAGGAGACGAGGUCUUUAUCAUCGGCAAGAACUUUCUCAAAGGAACCAAAGUUCUUUUUCAGGAAAAUUCUACAGAUGAGAGUGGCUGGCAAGCUGAAGCAGAAAUUGACAUGGAACUUUUCCAUCAGAAUCAUCUAGUGGUGAAGGUUCCCCCAUAUCUUGACCAGACAGUGGCCGCCCCAGUCUCUGUUGGGAUUGCCGUAGUGACAAACGCAGGGAGAACGCAUGAUCUACAGCCUUUUACCUACACUCCUCUUACAGAGAAAGUUGAAAUACCAGUGAAGUCAGAACUGCCAGCCACAGUCAAGGCUUGUACUUUCGAAGAGCAGAUAAAAGCAAUGCAAACAGAGACCAGUUGUCUAAACAAUGUCUUAUUGUUACCUAUGGUCAAACGAGAAGAACCCAUGGAUGUCUCCUGCAACGCAACACCUUCAGAUAUCUUUAAGCCUGUCGAGGCCCUUAGUUCAACCCAACAAAUCUUGGAGAUAAGUACUGUCCUUCCCUCUGCCACUAAGUCUUUUCCAAGCCCUGUGGCUCUCCAACCCGUCGACUCACCACAGUCAACGGCUCAAAUAUUUACGACUCAAGAAACCUUGUCCACCAUUCAAAAGCAGGACAUUCCUUCCCCUACAUCGUUCCAAGUGUCCUUGUCAGAAGACACAACGGUUCUCCAGCCGGUCCCCCCUCAGGUCCCUCAGCAGUUCUUGCGGGAAACCCCAGAAACUUUGUCUCCUGAAGACAACAGUGCAGAUGGAAGCGGAAUGGUAUUGGUGGGCAUAGACUCUCGUAAUCCUCCAUCCCAGCAGCCACAGGUUCAGGCGCUUUUGCCCCAGGAUGGGGUUGCACAGCUAGAGAGAGCAGUAAGAGAGCUGCAAGCACAACAGCAGCUAAACUCUGUACUUUAUAGCCCAGCGCCGUCUGCGGAGAGCCUUCAGCAACACGUCCAGGAAAACAUGAACAGUUUAAGGUUGGGUGGAAAUGAGACCUCUCUAACCAACCAGCAACAGCAGCAGCAAGAGCAGAAUAUAUUGGAGAAUCUACAUCAACAGCAACAGAAGGCACUUGUGGAUCUACAGCAUCAACAAACAGUCCUUGAAAAUUUACAGCAACAUCAGAAGGUCUUGGAAAACCUCCAGCAACAGGCUCUGGGCAACAUUCAGCAGCAGCAGCAGCAGCAGCAAACACACAAAGUUUUGGAGAACCUGCAGCAUCAACAACAGCACCAGAAAGUUCUUGAGAACAUUCAGCAGCAAAGUUCAAUUGUGACUCUGCAGCAUCAAAAAGUAAUUGAUAAUCUUCAACAGCAGCAACAGCAUCAGAUAAAUUUGGAAACUCUUCAGCAUCAGGAAGUUUUAGAGAACCUAAAGCAACAUUUGCAGUCGGAGCUCUUGCAGACACAGAUUCCAAUGCAGUGCACACCUAGCUUCACCAGCGAACAGCAGAGCUCCUCGCAGACCAAUACUCUAUCGCAGCCCUCAGAAGGCUUCCUCCAGAACCCACCCCAGCAGCAGACUGCACUUUUCCAACAGACUGGAAGUCUUAUGGCCAUUCAGACAUCGAGCUUUCUGCAGCAGCCGUCCUCUCAACCUUCACCCCCUCAGCCGCUCUUUCAGAGUCACAACCCCUUGACUGAGACGCAAGACUCGCAGACAGUACUCUUUGGAUCCACAAAGUCACCACAGGUUCAAGCAGCCUUAUUUCCUGGUACCAUGACAAUGCUAACAAGCACCAAUCUACCAGAACAGCAGGCUCCUUCAACUAGCCUGUUUAUUACGCAAAGUGUGUUGCCUAGCCAGCUGCCAUCGGAUAAUAACCAGAACCAGCAGCAGCAGCAACAGAUAACUUUCCUCACGCCCAUGCAGACCUCUGGAACAGACGCUCAGACUGUCUCACUUUUUCAGGGACAAACACAGUUGUCCACCCCAAUGGAACAACAGGCUCCCCAACAACAACAGAUGGCAACACCCCAACAAGCCCCUCUUUUCCCAAAUAUUGCCACAAUAUCUCCGAAUCAGCAACAAACACAGACAGGCAUAUUGUUCUGUACCACAACCAUCAAUCCCCAUGAUCUACCCCAGGCUCUGUUAUUCAGUGGCCAGAACCAAGCUUCACUAGGAAGUGACCGCCUCCCAGAAAAUAUCUUUCAGGAGCAGCAACCCAUGCAGGUUGUUCCCAGCUCUGAAAACGUUACCGCAAACAACCCUUCAAACCAACCUACCGUUCCGGCAGCCCAGUCAACUCAGAAUCCAUCCAUUAUUUUUCCGCAAGCCAGUGUUGUGAAUGUUGCCCAACAGGACUCGGCAGAGCCCAUGUCUUUUCAAGACCAGAGCACCAUUGUGAGUGACUCGUCUGCCAGUAUGCCUUCAACACGGACAGAACUUUUUCACGAUCAGCAACCCAUGCAGGUUGUCCCCAGUGCCACCAGCGUAACCCCUGUCUCUCCUACAGACCAACCUUCUGUCAACAAUUUUUUGCCUCAGUCAGCAAUUUUAGCCCUGCAAGGUGGUGUAAGUUCUCAGGACUUGCCUUCGACUGCGGCAGCGGCCACUAUAUUCAGUGGACAGAGUGGUGUGGCAGUGAGCGGCCUACAGAACUCCACUCCCACCACCCCUCAGCAACCGCCCAGCCAACUCUUUCAGACCGCCAUUGGGGGAACUCUCAGCCAGCCUGGACAGCCAGGACAAGCAGGCCUUUUUCUCUUUGAGAUUCCCAGUGAGUGUGGACAGCUAAUAAACUCUCCCGGUCCGGCGUUGUCAGAUCAGCUCGUCACCAUGGGUCAUCCCGGUUCGGAUCAGAAUCAGAGUAAUGCCCAGAUUCAGACCUUACUGGACCAGUCCAACAACAUCGACGAGAAGAUAGACGAACUUCUGGAACGUUUUCAGGAGCAGGGAAAGACGCUUCCUAGGGAUUUCUUGGACCAUUAAAGAUGAGUAGUUAGAAACCUCACUUCAGUAGACCACCGUCCUCACUGCUUGUCGUGUUCCUUUACAUCUUGCGUCUUAUGUCGGUAUUAUCUAAGCUUAUCUAAGGGUCGUCUCAGUCGGGGGUCUUCACUUAUAUCUAUGUUUCUGAAAGCUUGUAAUGUGUUGUUUCGGCGGGACAUGUUAGCUAUGGAUCUCCUUUUCUUGAUGGACAUCUAAGGGUCCACUUUAUUGAGGCCACCGUUUGGCAUGUCAGCAUAUCAUGUGACCCAUUAAGCCAUUAAGUAUAUUGGCACUUUGCUACUUUGUAUUGUGUUCUUGACUUCCAGUUGAAUCUUCUCCAUUUAUUGCCACUGUUAACCUGUUUUUCGUAGAAACCAACCUAGUACAAUAUUAAAUCAAAAACUCUCUGUUGCCGUUGAGAUACUAAUACAUUGUGAAUGAAUUUGAAAUAUAUUUAGCACUUUAGGGGGUUUCUACCGUAACCGGAGAUUCUCCCUUUUAGCUUUGUAACCCAUACGUGUCUACUUGGCUGUCAAAGCUUUUCACGUUUUGAUAGUCAUAAUGCUUUUCUAAAAAAAAAAAAAAAAAAAAAUAGUGUUUGUGUUUCAUUACUCUUCAGUGACUCUUUUCUGAAUAUAGCCUAUUUUAUGAGCCAUGUUUUUUUGUGUGUUUGAAUGUUUGACAUGUCCAUCUAAUCUCUCAAUUUUCUCAUGACAUUUAAAGUCAAGAUGCUCAAUCACUCCUACUCUUUUCCUCUGUUUUAGUUUUAUUUAAUUUUAUUUUAUUUAAAUGAACAAGAGGUCCAACUUGUAGACAUGAAUUCCUAUCAGGGAUGUGAAAAUGUGCAACAUUGCCAUUGAGAUAUGUGAACUGAUUGUAUUAUCAUCCAGCUGAGGGUCUACGAUGUGUGUGUGUGUUUGUGAAAGACGUGUUGCUGUUUGUACUAUAUAAGAUGCAGCUAAGUUCUUGAUUUUGAAUUAUAUGUGGAUCGUGGAGAUUGUUCAAAUAAGCACAAGCUUGGAAGAGGGUUUGUUGUGGUGGUGCACCAAACGCGCAUGGCCUUCUCUCAUCUGUGGUCCUCAAAAAACAAAACGCAAAUGAAGAUAUUUUGCUUUAAUGAGAUUUAAGAGUUUAUACCGAGGAAAGGAUUUUAAGUUUGACAGCUUUACGCCAUGAAUGCUUCUGAAAGCACUUCCACAGAAGAAUGAAGAUCAUACUUAUUUUGAAAGACACGAGUGUGAGACAUGAUGGCAGGAUAUUUAUUGCUGAUGUGAACCAUCACAGCUAUGAGUGUUUUUGGGCAGCUUGGUCCAUGUUUUCCAUGAGUGUUACGAAGGAAUUGGUUUGUUUUCAAGUUACAAUAAAGGCCCAGUGAAAAUCAGAGAUUUAAAGCAAGCUACGAGGAAGAGAUUGCCUCAAACCAUCAGUGCACGACAAUCUCGUCAUAUGAGUUUGAAAAACGAAGGCUCAUACCGCUCGGAAAUCCUUAUUUGAUGCGAUUUCUGUAGGCGAAGUGUGCGCUGGUUUAGGGACUCGUACAGGGUUUAAUACGUUUAGUCAUGGCUGUUUUUAAAUGGUUUGAGCUGUUAUUUAAAUUUUGGAGCAUUGUAGUUUCCCUGUCAGACCCUUACCCAGGAGAUAUUUUAUUAAAUCACAUUUAUUUGACAUUUUACAGUCUUUUUAAAAGCUCUUUUAAGACAUGUUUUCGACGUGCUCUAUUCGAAGAUGGAUCUUUUGCAUUGACAAUAUUUUCUCAUGCAAACAUAAUGUGAGGCAGUUCUAUGUAAACACCUUUGCUUUGUUGUUUUUACGUCAUACCUUUUCUUGUCUUUAAAAAAAAACAAAACGCUUUAUGUAAAAUUUGCAUAACAAAUUGUAAAUAGUAGAUCGGCUGAUCGACGUGUGCUGUUCCUUUGUGAGGUAGCAGUUUGUUAAAAGCGUGCUCUCUUUGUAGUGAAACAUAAUAUCUCACCUGCAGGUGAGGCGUACAUACAGUAUUUUUGUAAGACUGAAUUUCCAAAUGUACUGUGUACAUUUUAAACAUGUAAAAGUGAAUUGUCCCUUCUGCAGUACUGUACUUCAUAUGUCAAUAUUCAGAGCGCUGAAAAUGAUGGGUUUUGUUACAAAAGUGGAGAUUGUUAUUCGUUUGGUAAGCGAAAUUCAAAUAUUGUCGAUUUGUAAACGAUUAAAAAAAGAGGCUGGUUUUGGUUGUGGGUGAAUCUCACACACAUAUUCCUUCCCCAAAAUCAAAAAACAAAACGUGAAAACAGCUGAUCUUUAAAUAUACAUUAAAUAUACAUACUCGUUGUACUGACUCGAAGUGAUGCUGAUUUUCAUUGCUGUUACAGUAUUGUGGUGGUGUUUUUUUUAAGUUAUGAAAAUUGAGUUUUGAUUUUGGGGUGAAAUAUGUUCGAUAUUUAGGCUAAUGUCCAAGCGAAGCCAUAAAACAAGACAACUGGGACUGGAAGUGUGUGUGUGUGUGUGUGUGUGUUACCUCAUGGUGUAGGACAUAUAGAUUCACUCUACAUCUAACCUAAGGACCAAUUCAGAAGAAUAUUUUCUCAAAACAAGGCAGCAAAAUCAAUGUCUUUUGAUUUAAAGAUUUAAUUUGUCCAUUCUUGUUCUUUUACUGAUGCUCCAGCUUAUGUGGAAAUCAUAUUUCUGCACAAAUCCAUCAUUAACAUUUUAAAAGGUUUUACUUUCCAUCAUAUUGUGCUUUUUGAUUGAAAGUACUUUGUGCCUUUGCAAGCCUUUCCUCUUACUUCUAAAGGACCUUUGUAUAUAAUGAAAUACUUCGAUGUAGUGAUUUACUAGUUCUUAAUCCACAAGUAAAAGACUACGGCUUUGGUUUUGGUUUUUAAUUGACAUUAUGUCUGGUCGAAUCGUCUUUAAGCGGUCUGUAAGUGUAGUCUCGAAUACAUCUGAACGUUUAUAUCAUGAAACUGCUAUGCAGCCUCAACUCACUUUUAUUUGGAUUUGAUUUCAAACAUUGCCAUUCUCAUCCACUGGUGGUUCUUGCCUCUUGACAUUUGUAAGAUUGUUGUUGGUCUCAAUGAUUACAGGUUUUCUGUUUGAUCGGGCAGUGGGUUUGUGAAGAAGUUUUGUUUGUAAAGGUUAAAUUAAAAGAGGUUUGAAGAGCGCUUACCCCAGUCACCAGCUGUUGUGUGUGUGUGUGUGUGAGGGGCACAUUUUAAAUGCACUCUUUCUACACAGUUUUUAUUUGGUUUGCUUCUGUUUGAUGUGAUUAACGUCCACUGCUUUUAAAGCGGUAACAGGACAGUGGUUCUCAACCUUACACUAGGAGUGUUGAUGGGGUCAAAUCAAUAAUUCUGCUUAAUUUGGGGAUUUCAAGAGUUGUGUGUACCAACAACAGAUUAAUCUUGACUUGGUCAGCUCCACAGUGGCGGUGUUGGAUAGCUUGGAUCAAAUUUCCACAUUGUGGUUUAGUGUUCAAGUGGUGCAUCGCACGUCCUAUUUCCAGAUUUAAAUGACAUUAAUUAUAACUUAUUUUAAAUACGUCAUCCCUCUGGCGCCCCCUACUGGCCUCCUGGUUCAGAACCACUGUUUAUAGGGAUUCAACCGUUCAUUCGUGAGUGUGUACGAAUGACGUUCAGUAUCAUGAAGAAACAUGAACUAAUGACAUCUGAUGUUUUUUGUCUUUGCUUUAAUCAGUACAUUUGUAUACUCCUGCAGUUAUAUUUCUGUAACAUGUGCUGCUAUAUGAAUAAAGAUAGAUAUGAAGUUCUC